UCCUUCUCCUCACGCUCCUUCCCCGCCUCUCCCAGAGGGAGCGGUGGGAGGGGGAGGGAAGGGCAGAGGGAAGGUAGUGUGACACGUGUCAAUCAACCCCCCUCCGGGGGGCGCGCGCUCCGGGGCUCGCGCCGAGGGCUCGCGCCCCUGCCUCUCGUGCCUGCGCCGCUCGUAUGUAAAUGAGGGCGCGUGACGCGGGACGCAGAUGGACAAGGGAAGAGAGAGAAUGGCCGCUGCCGCCGCCGCUGCUGCCGCCGCCGCCGCCGCCGCCGCCGCUGCUCAGUGCCGGAGCCCUCGGUGCGCGGCGGAGAGGAGAGGAUUCCGGCGGGAACUCGACUCUUGGCGCCACCGCCUCAUGCACUGUGUAGGUUUUGAGAGUAUUUUAGAAGGGCUUUAUGGACCACGGCUACGAAGAGACCUCAGUUUAUUUGAAGACUGUGAACCAGAAGAGCUGACUGACUGGUCUAUGGAUGAAAAAUGUUCAUUUUGUAACCUACAGAGAGAAGCAGUCAGUGAUUGUAUACCAUCUCUUGAUUCUUCACAGUCGACACCAACAGAGGAACUAUCAUCUCAGGGCCAGUCCAACACUGAAAAGAUUGAAUGCCAAGCAGAAAAUUACCUAAAUGCACUCUUUCGAAAGAAAGCUGAUUCAAGCAUCUGGGUCUCCAAGAGGUCUCCUACCAAUGGUUGGAUCUUCCUCAGAACUGUGAUCCUAACAUUCCCCUAGUUGCUCAGGAAUUAAUGAAAAAGAUGAUACGUCAGUUUGCAAUUGAGUAUAUUUCAAAAAGUGGUAAAAUUCAAGAGAAUAGAAAUGGUUCAAUUGGACCAAGUCUAAUAUGUAAGAGUAUCCAAAUGAAUCAAGCAGAAAACUCCCUUCAGGAAGAGCAGGAAGGCCCCUUAGACCUCACUGUGAAUCGAAUGCAAGAACAAAAUACUCAGCAAGGGGAUGGAGUGUUAGAUCUCUCUACAAAGAAAACCAGCAUAAAAUCUGAAGAGUCAUCCAUAUGUGAUCCUUCUUCUGAAAAUUCAAUGGCUGGGAGACUACACAGAAACAGAGAGGACUAUGUGGAAAGAAGUGCUGAGUUUGCAGAUGGUUUGCUCUCAAAAGCUUUGAAAGACAUUCAGUCUGGAGCACUGGACAUAAAUAAAGCAGGCAUACUUUAUGGCAUACCUCAAAAAACUUUACUUCUCCACUUAGAAGCCUUACCAGCAGGGAAGCCUGCAUCUUUUAAAAACAAAACUCGAGAUUUCAAUGAUAGUUACUCAUAUAAAGACAGUAAAGAAACUUGUGCAGUGCUGCAAAAAGUAGCCUUGUGGGCGAGAGCUCAAGCAGAGCGCACAGAAAAAAGUAAACUCAAUCUACUUGAAACCUCAGAAUUAAAAUUCCCAACAGCUUCCAGUUACCUCCAUCAGUUAACUCUACAGAAAAUGGUUACUCAAUUUAAAGAAAAAAAUGAAAGCCUACAAUAUGAAACACAUCCUACUGUACAGUUAAAAAUUCCUCAGCUACGAGUAAGUUCUGUUUCAAAACCACAACCUGAUGGUCCUGGUCUGCUGGAUGUUAUGUAUCAAGUUUCCAAAACCUCUCCAGUCCUGGAAGGAUCAGCUCUCCAAAAACUGAAAAAUAUACUCCCUAAACAGAACAAAAUAGAAUGUUCUGGGCCCGUAACUCACUCAAGUGUUGACUCUUAUUUUCUACAUGGGGACCUCUCUCCUUUGUGUCUUAAUUCUAAAAAUGGAACAGUUGAUGGAACCUCUGAAAAUACUGAAGAUGGGUUGGAUCGAAAAGAUAAUAAGCAGCCCAGGAAAAAACGUGGCCGUUAUCGGCAAUAUGAUCAUGAAAUAAUGGAAGAGGCUAUUGCAAUGGUAAUGAGCGGAAAAAUGAGUGUUUCCAAAGCACAAGGAAUUUAUGGGGUACCUCACAGCACUUUAGAAUACAAGGUAAAAGAAAGAUCUGGAACACUGAAGACUCCUCCGAAGAAGAAACUCCGAUUACCAGACACUGGGUUAUAUAAUAUGACAGAUUCAGGGACUGGCAGCUGCAAAAACAGCGGCAAGCCUGUGUAGAUUACUUGUUAGGAAAAUGUGUGUAUGUGCGUGUGUGUGUGUGUAUGUGUGUUUGUGUGUGUGUGUAUGUGCACAGGUGUGUAUUUGUGUGUCUGUAUACACACAUGUGGGAAUUACAGAUGCUCACUCUGACAGGAGACAUGAAAUUUUACAGUUCAAAAACCACUUACAUGCCUUUUGAAAAAAAAGUUUUAUUCAGGGUUUUCACUGUGGACAGAACUAUAUAGUUGCUUACUUAAUUCUGAUAGUUUGUAUUUAAUCCUUGUAUAAAUAGGUGAAAAAGAUUCAGGUUUUCUUUAGUAGUCAAUAGCAUAAAGCGUUGUGGGAAAACAAGUAAUUGUCAAGUGAAACAUUUUUAUUGGUGAAAGACCACUCCAGCCAUUCAGUUGAACCAUCUUAUAAUGGAUAUAUUAAUAGUUUGUAAACAUUUUUGCAUAGCAUACUUACAUUUGUUGUAAGUAUAUCAAACAACGAAUCAAAGUUUAAACAGACAGCUAUCUCCACACUAAUAAAAAUUAAUAUAUACAGUGUUAGUACACUACAGUGCAUUCUAUGAAAUAUGAAAUGCACUCAAGUGCAUCCACCGGGAAUAGAAAAGAAAACCUUAAAUGAUAUGUAUAAUGAAAUUUAAUAUUUAUCAUUUAAUAGUUGAUUUAGCAGGAAGUUGGGGUUUAUAAGGUAUAUACUUUAAAAAAAACUGACACAUAGUUAACCCCAGCAGCUAUAGAGUCCUUUAAUGUAAGAUGGAAUACUAAGAACAAAAAGUAAUUUAAAUUUAAUUAUUAAAAUAAUUUAAUUUUGUUUUUCAUUUGAAAAAUAAGCUAAUGUGUAAGGUUAGAAAAGAAAGUUGGAAUGCAACUUAGAGCAUGUUUAUAAUGUGCACAGAAAAAGCUUGAGAAUGAUAAUUUUGGUUUAAAAUGUGCUGGUUAGUUGAUGUUAUGACUACUUUAAAUUUUAAGGAUUGUGACACACUCCUACUAUUGAAAAACCUCAGUGUAACUUUAAUAUAUUUGCUGCUGUGACAUUUCAAAACAUUUUCAGUUUAUCAAAAUGAAUUACAGAUUUCAUUUUGGUGGGCGAUACAUUAUCAUUUUGCUAAUAACCAAAUUUGCAGUUUGUUCAGGGUCUUGAAUAGAUUUACAGAUAUUUGACACUGAAGCUGUUUUGAACUUUCAGUAAUGUAAACUCUCUACUAAUUGGGUAGUUAGAAGCUGGGCAGUGCAUUUUAACUUUUACUAGACUCAUAAGAGAGACCAGUAAUUUUAUAUAGCAGUUUCAAAAUGUGGUUCAGAGUAUCCAUGUUGGAUUUAUGAAGUAUGCAGUUUUAGUGGUAAAAUGUUAUAAAGCAUGUGCCUCCAUAGAAAGAAUGGGGAUUUGCUUCACAAAUUCAAAAUUCUUCGAGUGCCCCUUUUCUAUAUUAAAAUUCAGGUUCUGAUCAUUUUUUCUAAGCCAGUUUUCCUAAGUCCAAAAGGAAUACUUAAAGCUGAAUUAAAAAAAUAAGUGCACCUUGUCAAAUACAUGUGUUUUUACACUUGUGUUUGUGUGUAUCUAAUAAUCACAUAUAUAUGUAAUACUAAAGAAAUUUUCAGCUAUUACAUUUAAAAACUGCUUACAUAUCUUUAAGGAAACUGAAGAGUGGGAAACUACACAACCGAGUAGUUAUUUGGUCUCUUAGAUCCAUACUGAACCCUCUUCAGCUAUUAAUGUUACCUGCAUACUAGGGUAUGAAUCCUCUUGCUUUUUUUUUCCCCACUAAGAAAGUAUACAUAAUAGAUUGCAAAACAGCAGAUGUCAGGGUCAUCUUUCUUUUUAAAGAAUUAAGCCAUAUUUUGUGAGGGCCAGAACUUGGAUUAUUUAAUAUAUUUCCCUUCCCCCCCCAUUGAAAAACAAAGUUGAAGUAAAUGUUUCAACACAAUUUUAUUGACCGCUUUAUACAGAAUUUUACUUGCAAGAAUUUGGGGGCUUGAAUGCAUUACAUAAUAUUUAUAUUGUAUUGAGCUUUUUUAUUCCUCACACUAUAUUUACAUUAAUAAAUUGAUUGAGAAGUUUAUAGUAAAGGGAUACUUACAGAACACUUUUAUAUCAUUUAAAAGAUGACCUGACCAAAAACUUUACAGGAUUCAUAAAAUCAGGGAUCAUUUUGCUAUUGACUUCACAGUGAUCAGUAGUUUUAUAGGUAAUAUUAUAGUUAAUUUGCAGCAUUUUAGUACUUGUAUUAUUUAUUUUUGGUCAGAAAUAGUAAAUUAAAUAUUUUUUGAUAGUUUAUAGGUAAUGAUCAACCCAUAACUUUUAAAAGAAACAAAAUGUUUCUAAUUGUUGAGUUAACUUUUGAUUAUACAAACUAGGAAAGGCAGGGAAAUUUAUGGGUUCCCCUUCUCCCCAAUGAUUCUGUUAAGAUGUUCUUUAUGUUAAACUUUCAAAGUACUUUAUAAAUUUAGUUACCAGUUACUACUUAUUAACUGACAAUUUUCUGAAAAAUCCAGUUUCAGCAGACUUUUAAUGAAGGUGAAAGCAACCCUUAUGUGCUUUCUACUUAUUUGAAUGUUCCUCAAGUAUUUUAUAUUUAAAAAAAAAAAAGGAAAAGAAAAAACAGUGCCUCUGUUUUUAGAAAACUACUGCUCAGUAAAGUUGUUUAAACCAUUUCUGGUAGCUAAUGACAAUUUUAUAUUAAAUUGUAUACUAACUUUAGUGAGACCGAUUUUUUUAGUUGUUUACAGUACAAAUACUUGUAUUUGUUUUUUAAUUGCAGUAUUUCCAUUGUCGCAGUAAUUUAGUAAAACUCUGUGGCUGCCUUGAUUUUGACAGAUUUUGUUAAUAUAAACUGAUUGUUAGGCAAUUAGUUAUAUUUAUGCAUAAAUCAAUUGCACUAUAAUUCAUGAAUUAUUUAUUACAAUAUUUUCUAAUGAAUUCAUGUAUCUGUCUUGUGUUGUAAAUGUACUGUAAUUCUGUUUCUACUUUGUGUUGUUAUAUAUCUAAAUCUGAUUGUAUGAAUUUUAAUUGUUCAGUUAACGUGUUUCUAGGUUGUAAUUUGUAGUAAAGCACUUCAAUGCUUUUGCACUUAAAUUUACAACACUGUUGGUGUGUGACUGAUUUACUCAUUCAGUAAAAGGAAAAAAAAGAAAAGCAAAGAAAAAACUGACUACACUGGCUUCUUUGAUUCACUCUAGGAAGCAGCUUUAUUAAUAUUAAUAUUAGAAAUUAACUUUCUCCAAAGACAACUAUUUCAACAACAAAACUUGUAAUGGCAAAAUGGAUAGAAACUUACAAAAAAAAAGAAUUUUUUUAUAUAUAAAUCAAACAGGAAAAGGUUAGAAAAAAAUUUUAACAUGAAAAACAAGGGAGCUGUGAAACAUACAAUUUUAGAAUCAAUUGAGAAUAAAUUCUAGAUUGGAGGCUUAUGUGUAUUCAACUAUUUUAUAUUAGGUUUUUCUUUGAGAUUCUAACAUACAAGAAAUAUGGAAAAGAAAAAAAUUGAAGGCAAAUAACAUAUUGUGGAGUUUUAUAAUUUGAGAACUUAGUUAUCUAAUAUCUGAUAUAUAUAUAAAUAUAUAUAUAAAAUCUUAAUACCUGAAUAUCUGAUUAGUAACUUCUUAAAGCUGUUCUUCAUACGGCAUUAGAUAGAAAUUACUGGCCACUGUGGUAUUUUUGAGAUUUUUGAAGUUCCAUUAUUAAAAAUAAUAAGUAUAGACUUCCUUGGAAAGUCAAAAGAGAGCUAUAAAAAUCAGUGGUUUUCAGAAUAGUUAACACUAGUCAUGAAUUCUUAUUAUUUCUACUCUAGAUUUUACUAACAGAGAAAAAUCAUUUGAGCAUUUCAGGAACUUAUAAAAGCAUGUUAAUCUUUAAAAUAUAGUGCAAUGUAUUUUUCUGAGAGACAUGUAAAAUCUCUUUAUUUAGUCACAGAUAUGUUUAAUAGGCCAUAACAUAACUUUUAAAGAAACGUGUUGGAAAUGUGUCUAUCAGAACUUUCGGGGUUUUCUUUUGCUUAUGUGAAAAUUAUAAUUUUUAAUUUACUGGGAAAGAGUAUAGUAUCACUUAUAUCUUCUUAUUUGAUAGUUAACAUUUACUCCUGCCUCUGUUCUCUACAUAGGUUUCUUGAAUUAUCCAGUAGUGAAUCUUCAGAUUCAGUUCAAUUAUGUUACACUCCCAACCAUGAAAACAUUUACAAAAAAUUAUUUUCAGAAAAGAAAGGAUACUGAGGUCAUGUCCUGUCUUCAUCUGUCUAGAGGUGGCAGUGGACUUAAAAAGUUUUACUGUAAUUUCGUAUCUCUUAUCUCUUUGAUAGCUACUUUAUGUCAAAUCACAUGCUAGUUGUAGUAGUGAAACAUUGGUUGAAUCUAGCAAAGAUACUUUUUUUCUAGAAAAAUUUUGAUCUAAUUUGCAAAAUUUGUUACUCAACGUAAUUUUUAUAAAAUGUAGAUAAAAUAUUGCAUACUUAUCUGUGAAACAGGAUAAGCCAGUUUUAGGGAGGAAAAUUUUUAAAAUAAAUCUCACUUCAUUUUAAAAGAAAAAUUCUUUAAUUUUUAAUAUUCAUGAACAUAAUAACCCUUUAUUUAAACAAAAUACAAUCUUCUAUAGCAAUUCAUAAUCAGCAUAUUUCAACUCCAACCCUAAAUAAAAUUUCUACAAGUCAGGAACUAACAACAACAAAUAAAAGAAAUCACAAGUGGGAGGCUAUUUUCAUGUACAGAGUUUGGUGAUAUGUUUAAUUUAAAUAGAUACUUUUCUGAAACAGAAUUCUUUUAAUAUAUUUUAUUCUUCUUGCUGCUGGUAUUGGAUUAAAAAGCCUUUUGUAGACCUCUACGUUGGUUGCUAAGUAAUCCUGGGUUUUAGUUAACAUUAGAUGUAUGUUAGUUUUUGCAGUGGGACAUUUUCCAGCAUUUGAAAUUAAAUAAUUAGGUAAGUAAUGCCUUUAGUUUUGAUGUAAUUAAUUUAGUAUCUAAAAUCAAUUAAAAAUAGAUUUCAUUUUUAAAUAGCUUCAAUUUUUAUUUUCUUAUUAGGUUAAAAGGCCUACAGUUUAAUCUUAGAAAAGACAUUCUGUUAUUUAUAUGAAAUCUAAAUCCCUUGAUUGUGACUAUGCAAAACUCUUUUUUAUUCAUAAUUUUAUUUUCACUACCUUGAAAAAUAUCUAUUUUAAAUAAAGAUAAGAAAGAUUUUCUCCUA